AUGAUGAUUGAAUCCUUAGCCGCUAUGACUAAACUAAGGUUACUUCAGGUGGAUUAUGCCGAGCUUGCUGGAAACUUGGUGCUUUCUUUUCCAGAAAUGAGAUGGCUUAGUUGGAAAAGAUGCCCUAUGCAAUUUACACCAACCAGUCUAAGGAGGUUGUGUGUUCUUGAUCUGUCAGAGAGUGACAUCACAGAAAAUUGGAUGGGUUGGAACUAUAUCAAGGAGGCAAAAUCUCUUAGAGUUCUGAACUUGAGUAGGUGUUAUAAACUAUCCCAAACUCCAGACUUUUCAGAAAAUACACAAUUGGAGGUAUUAGUUUUUAAAGGAUGUAGAAACUUGGCUACAAUUGACGCAUCCAUUGGUCAUCUUAAGAGGUUAGUCAAACUGAACUUGAGCAAUUGUUAUGAAUUAUCCCGGAUUCCAGACUUCUCAGAAAAUAUACAAUUGGAGGUAUUGGUUCUUGAAGACUGUAAAAAGUUGGUUACAAUUGAAGCAUCCAUUGGUCAUCUUAAGAAGUUAGUCAUAUUGAACAUGAAUGAGUGCAAGAGUCUAAUGCAUCUCCCAGCCAGCAUUGGUGAGUUGACUUCUCUCAAAAUACUUGACAUUAGAAAUGUAAAAAUCGACCAAUUGCCAGAAACAUUGGGCCGCUUGGAAGCCUUAACGGAGCUGUAUGUUGACUUUUCUACAAUAAGGUUACCUAGUUCAGUACAUCAACUGAGAAACCUCCAAAUUUUAAGUACAGACCAUUAUUCUAUGAAACAUGAAGAUACUAUUAGUAGUAAAUAUCAAAACAAGCCUCGUAUGGGAUUGGAGAUGGAUCUCCCAGACCUUCCUCCAAGUUUGAGAUAUUUGGAUGCUUCACUAUGUGAAAUGAGAUCACUCCCAAUGCUCUCAAAUCUGACAAAUUUAGUGGUAUUGCAACUUUAUGACUGUCCAAAUUUGAUGGAGAUACCAACUGCUAUCAAUGCUCUUACGAGUCUGGAGUCGCUUGGUUUAGAUCGAUGCCCUCGCCUAGAAUGCAUCCCACAUCUUCCCUCAGGUCUGAAAAGCUUGAUAGUUCGUAAUUGUCAAAAUCUUAGAGAAAUAUCAGGUUACUUGGACAUGGGAAAUUUAGAGAAAUUACGUCUUCGUUAUUGCUCCAGGCUAGCAAAAUUAAGCCUUGAGGGAUUACAUUCUCUGCAGCAGUUUGAGAUUUGGGGUUGUGACUCAUUGAGAAAAUUGCCAAAACUUAGGGGCUUGAAAAAAUUGAGGUGCUUAGAGUUCAGGAGAGUUGGCUUAUCUGAGAUUGAAGUGCUUGAGGGAUUGUACUCUCUGGAAAAGUUGAGUAUAGAGAAUUGCCAAUUAUUAAGAACAAUUCCAAAUUUAUCAGACUCGAAGAAUCUUGUGUGCGUUGAAAUUAAACAAUGCAAUGAGUUAUCUGAGAUUGAGGGCCUUAAGGGAUUGGACUCACUGGAGAAACUUUCUAUAUCAGAUUGCCCAUCAUUGAAAAAGGUGCAACUUCCCAAAAAAUUGUGUGAAUUAGAUGUCUUGAAGUGUGACAAGUUAUCUGAGAUUGAGAUUGAGGGUCCUGAGGAUUUGGAAUGUUUGACAAUAUUUCACAUCUGUUGGUGCGAAUCAAUUGUAAGAUUACCAGACUUAUCGAACUUGAAGAUGUUAAAGGAUUUAAGGUUUUGGCACCUGCCGCUAGAGAUUAACUGUUUUGAGGGAUUGGAAUCCUUGGAAGAAUUAGGCUUAAAUGGAUCCAAAUCAUUAAAGGUAUUACCAGAUGUCUCACCCUUGAAGAACCUGAAAGAUCUGUAUCUCUUUAAUUAUGAGAUGUUAAUCGAGAUCCCAAGUCUUGGCAGAUUGGGGUCCUUGGAAAAAUUGUAUGUGAAUGAAUGCAAAUCAAUUGAAAUAUUACCAGAUGUCUCAAACUUAACAAAACUACAGGUAUUGGAGAUCGAGGGUUGUGAGAAGGUAACUGAAAUUCAGGGAGUUGAUAGGUUGCAAACUCUAGUGGUCUUGAGUAUCGAUGGGUGCAUUUCUAUUGAAACAUUACCAUGUCUGUCAAACUUAAAGAAGCUGAUGAGAUUAUCUGCUAACAAUUGCAAGAAGUUGAUCGAGAUACAAGGUGUGGACGAAUUGGAAUCCUUGAAGACAUUGUCUAUUCAAGGUUGCAUUUCUAUUGAAACAUUACCAUGUCUGUCAAAGUUAAAGAACUUGUGGUCUCUAUACACUAAUGGCUGCAAGAAGUUAACCGAGAUUCCAGGUGUUGAUGAGUUGGAGUCCUUAGAGUUCUUUGGUGUUCGUGGGUGCAUAUCCAUGCAAUUACCAGAUUUUUCAAGCUUCAAGUCUAAAAAAUUGAAUCCAUCUUGCUUGCAUAUAGAGUGAUAGUCUACUUGAGAUCUGUCUUAGAGGUUGUCAUAUCUGCACGAAAUGGGAUCAUGCAAAAUUCAGUUUGCAAGCCCAUCUAUUAUAGGUCCUGGUAGAGGGAGGAGCUUCAACCCUCAAUCAUUGCAGAUUAUUGGAAGUCCUUUUGGUGUCUUGAUUCUGAUUUGCGAAUGGCUGUUUUUUGGAUUGCUAAGGACAACGUGCUUAAACAUGGUACAUUCUCAGGACAAUGUGGCAGUGAAGGUGGAGAAAAUACCAUUAGAGGUGGCUAAAGGACAGAAAACAAGAAGAAAGAAGAUUCUAAGCCCAAUGCAUGACUCCAUUUGCAAUUUCCUUUGGUAGCGUUUCUGUUGCUGUGUCUGCAAUUGCUGCAGCUACAACAGCAUUGUCAUGAUCUGGUGAGCAGAUGACAAAGGCUGGCAUGUUGAAGGUAUCUUCUGCGACCUUAAUUACAGCACGAUGCCUACAGGCUACAGUGACAAAGAAGGUAGAGCACGAGCACGAGCACCUUGAAUCUGUCAUUAGCUCUGCUGUGAAGGUAUGAUUGUUAGGGAACUCAUGUCCCUUAUCUGCAGCAUCAUAUUGAUGAAACGAAUUGAUCUUUGUUUUGCCUUUUUAACUUUGGAACAAGUAAUGCUGGUGAUCUUCGUUGCAAAAUAAUGUCUACUUAUCGGGAAAAUGGGUUAGGUGGGUUUUUCCUCAUUCAUCUUCUUGUUUCCAUUUUUUGUGCUUGUAUAAAGAAGGAAGCAUGAUUGCACCGAAUGCAACUUCCACUUUUUCCUACCAUUAAUGAGCAUAUUAGCUUUGCUUAGGCAUCGAGUGUGACAUUGUUAAUCCAUAUUUCUGCUGCAGGUGAUGCUGAAGAUGAAGAAAGCAUAUUACCAGGAUCCUCUUCAAAUAGAAAGAGUAAGUGAGGAAGUUCAUUCCACUGCAAAUGAAGGGUGCAUCUUGAUCUCUUGCGUGAGUAAGAAGACCACCUGUGGUGCUGCUACACUUCUGUUACUUAUUCUCAUCUCCACCAUUAGCUAGUUCAGUUGGUUCAACUAAAUUAUAUCAACCUCAAGGAUCAAGAAUGUUUGCCAUGAUGUCUUAGAACUUCCCUAUCAAGCAUGUAAUACUGAUAACUAAUAAGUUUUCUGCCAAAAGGACCAGAGGCAAUUUUGGGUCAUCAUGUUCGGACUGGUUAUGUACAUUUUGUUUCUCUACCUAAACUGCUCAUCCUUGUUGGCAAGCUUCCAAUUUUCUGUUUGGAUCAACUUGGCUAUGUAUAUUUUUGUCCAUAAGGUGUACAAUGUCCAAAAGAUUUCAUCCAAUUACCUUAGUUGAAGCUGGAACAUGAAGCAAAUCAAUGUUGUGCUUUGCACUGCUCAAUUAGAAGAAAAAAAAAUGGUCUCACUAA